AUGUCAUCGCAUGUGAAUCAAUCAGUUGUUUCGCAGACUAUGAUAUAUGUGCCUUCGCCAGCCUUGGCUCAUCCACAUAAAUUAGUACCACAUAUUCUUCCUACUCAACAAAGAGCAUAUGGUUCAACAUCUGCUGAAUUGAUUAACAAUGCUUUUAAGGUAUUUGGAUCUUCGCCAUUUAUCGGUUUUAGACGUCAAGAAGACAGACAAUUAGUAUGGUUAACGUACAGCGAUAUGGCGUCAAAAUGUUACGUAUUAGCAAAAUAUUGGAAACAAUUUCUCUUGAAUAUCAGUCAAAAUACUAGACCAUACAUAGUACUGUUCGCUGAUACUUCACCUCCUUAUAUCGUUUCCUUAUUAGCGGGGCUUUUAUGCCAAGCUGUGCUUAUUCCGACGAAUGCAACUUUGCAAAUUGAUGCGUUAACACAUGUUUUAUCAACAGCAGAUCCAUCCAUUAUCAUUGUUGAUGAAAAAUACUUCGAUAAAAUUUCAAGUAUUUUAGUGCCAAAAUCGAAUAUAUUAAUAAUAACUAUUAGUCAAAGAGAAGAACAAUUUCAGCCAGUGACAUCAUUUCUUAAAAAUUCAAUUUCAUUGACAACUGCUCUAGAAUUAGGUGCUAAACUUUCGAAUGAUAUUUUGCCGAAUUCUUCUUUAUCUAAUGAAACGAUUUCGGCUAUUCUUUCGACUUCUGGUAGUACAGGGUAUUCAAAAGGAGCAAUAUUCACUGAAGACUUACUAGUUUCCAUAGAUACAUUUACACUAAUAUCUCCAUUUAUUCGUAUUGAUUAUCAGCCAUUUGAUCCUGUUUUAUUGCUUUCACUCAUGAGUACAAUACAAUAUGGUACUAGUCGAGGCUUAACAAAUCUAAAAGAUAUGUGGGAUGAUAUAAAAGAUGUAAGACCGACAAGUCUUGAUUUAAGCCCAGCAAUAUAG